UUUUGGAUCUUAAUCUAAAUUUACCUUAACUACCAUUUAUUUCCUGCUUCAGAGCACAUUGCUUGGCGCUUCACCAAAGAGGUUCAUCCCGCGUGACUGGAUCUUGCCGUUACUUUCUCCCAAAUUUGCACGAUUCAACGCUAAGAAUGUGGCCAACCCGCAUCCAAUGCGUGGGGCUCUGUGCACCGUCGUGCCAACAGGAUGCCAAAGAAGAAAGCAACAAAAGACUGAGAGUGCAUCCAGGUACGACCAAGCUCCUCUCUCUCUCUCUCUCACACACAUCACAUCCCCUCCCUUCGAUAGAAGAGUAGAAGAAGUAACACUGUCUGUCUUGAGGAAGAAGAAAAUUCAAGUCAAGCAUGAUCUCUUCCAGUUCCCUGCUGCUGCCCCUGCUGCUGUUGGUGGCAACCACAAAUCCCAUUGUCGUAGCGCAGACCACUCUAAGCAACACGGGCAGCGUCGACAGUACGAAUCGCGAAGGCUGGGAUGACAAUUACAAAUUGCCGUAUACAUAUGACGAAUUGCGUUCCGAUGGUCCCACGAAAUGGUCUUCUGUGCCAGCGAUUACCAAUCGAGGGUGGGGAGAAUGGGAAGUGGUACGAUUGGCUUCGGCAUUGACCAAUGAAGACGCCACGCCUCUCUUGAAUUGGUGGACCCAGAACGAAUGCGGCAAUGAAGCCAGACCUUCUCCCAUUGAAGUCAUUCCCAAUCAGGCAUGUACCGACACACAAGAGAUGAUGCUGCGCAAAUUCAAUCCCACCGUCGAUUGUCGUCAUCCGUUGGAAAACAAUCUACGGCAAGACACUACUGCUACUCAAACAGCUACAUCCCCGGAAGCCUGGGAGAUUACUCCCUACUCACUCCGCUAUUACUGGCCCCGCAACGAUCGGGCGUGCCGUCGGCCGACAAUUCGAUUGGAAAAUAUCUUUGGCAUGGAUCGACGCAAUCAAGAAGAACACUUUGUCCUGUUGUGGCUCGAAGUACACGCCCGCAGUGAACACGUCAUUGAUGGAACCCGAUACGAUGCCGAAAUUCAAAUGGUACACAUGGCCGCGACACGGCCCAAUGAAUUGGUCAUUGUCAGUGUCUUGGUCGAAGCCAAUGCCGAAGAAGAUCACGAUAUCUUUCAACAGUACCUACUGGAUGGAUGGCAAAGCAAGGCCAAUCAAGAAGCGGCAUUGUGUGGUGGAAAGAAGAAGCGUGAAUUACUCCACAAGCGUCCGAAGCAUUUGCGGGGAGAUGCCCGUCAUGCACCCUGGGCGGCGUUGCACGAUUAUGCCAAAGCGCACAAUAAUGCUACCAAUUAUAAUGACGCCAACAAAACCCAAAAGCGCAAACUGCAAGGUGAUAAGAAUCGUUGCGAAGCCGACAAGUACGGCAAUGGCUGUCAAGACGAGGGCAUGGCGCCCCGGUUCCGCAUCUUUCCCUACAAUCUGUGGCCAUCGAGUUGGUACUACUCCUACACGGGUAGUCUCACGGCUCCACCCUGUUUGGGUAAAGUUCAUUGGAGGAUUAUGGAUACUCCCCUUUCCAUUUCUCGUCGUCAAUACAAACAAUUGACCCACCUCUUGACACAAUCCAGAGAUGCAUCCUGUCGAAUGGAUACCGCUACUAACCUAGAGGGAGAAAACUUUCGACCACUGCAAAAUGCUACCUUUCUCACACAAAAGAGACAAGAUGACAAUCAAGAACAAGAGGAUGAUGGGCCUCAAUUGGUCGCACAUUGCACUUCCGACAACUUUUUUGUUUCGGUUUAUGAGGAAGAUGAGCAAUAAUCUUGCUUGAGCGAUGAGCGAGUAAUGAGGAGGAUGCGUCUGCCUAACUUGACAAUUAAUUUGUAGUAUUGGAAAUGGGCAAAACUGAAACAGAACUAAUUACUUACUUUAUACUACUAUCUAGCUAGUCAUACGAUUUUAGCUAGCUAGUAGCUGCAUUCUAAGAUUAUAGAUACUUUGUACUGGAUAGAAAGCUCC